CUCAAGAUUCUAAUAUUUAAAAAAAUCCACUUAAUUUUCUUUUUCCAUUUUGAGAAACAUAAUUAAACAAUAUUGAGAAUAUUUGAAUACUGUGACUUGAAUCAAACUUGAAUACUUCCUCAAAAUAAACUCAUAAAGAAGACUGCUGAUUGAAGAUGUAAAUCUUUGUUUAAAAAAAAAAGAGUGGGAGCUAUGAGAGCACAGAAUUAUGAAAGCAAUCUUAUUUAGUUGGGUCAGUUCAGACAUUCGACAUUGAGAUGGCAUUGUACUUUGGAAUUGAAUUGAUCAAGAAGGAAGGAAAAUUCUUUGUCUUAGCAGGAAUUGGUGUCACAGUUAUUAUCUUGCUGCAGUUAUCUAGUUACCAAAAUAAAAAUACACAUGUGGAGUCUUGGCUGGAGGCAAAUAAACUUGGCCACUUGAAAGACUUCAUCCUUCAAACAGGAGGUCCUUCAUUAGCGGACACUUUAGAAGUUUUGUACAAUGCCAGAUCAGACUGUCAUAUCCUCUCCAGUCUUCACCCUAAUGACAAACAGCUGUUGAUGGGAGCGGUGAAUAGAUUGCAUGAUCAACUGGAACUAGAGUUGUGGUUAACCCAGAACAAUUUGAGUGAUGUUAUAGAAUUGCUGCAGAAAGAUAACAUUGUGAGCCUAAAAGAGUUUUCUCAGAUGAAAGUUGCAGACGUCAGUCACCUGUUAAAUAAAUACAAAACUGAUGAUAAGGAGAAGCUGAUUCAAAAAUGGUCUAUGCUAAAAGAGAUGCUGUCUUCUGGGUCAAAGGUCAUUGACAAUAGAGAUCUGAUUGACUAUGUCAGAGGGAAGAGCAAGCUAACACUAACUUCUAUCUGUCUGUCCCUUUUCAUCGGUCUGCUGACCUCCGCUGCGGCUAUGCUGCUGGCCGGCCUGUCACCCACGCUGCCCACAGUCCACAACUUCUGCUAUCACGCCCUCCCCAACACCAAGGCCUCCAUCUACGAGUUUUUGACCGGGCGCUACUCCAGCCCGCACACCAGCGAGGUCACCUGGGGCUGGACGGAACCGCAGACGGUCGGCAAGACGAUGACCUUUGGUGCCAGGUUUUUCCAGAAGAAUGGCACACCAUACCCUGUUUCUGACGGAGAUGGUAUCCUCAUUGAGAUACUGCACGAGAGUGUCAAGGUGGCUCGGACCCUGGAGUUCCCUGGGGACAGCCCUGAAGACAUUAACCUGGUCAGGUGUUCCUUCACUGUCCACAAAUCUGGCACCUACAAGAUCUCCAUUAUGGUCGGUGGUAGGCACAUCAGGGACAGCCCGUUCGUAAAGUCUUUUGAUCCAGGCCCUAUUGACCCAGCCAAAACAGGAUUCAUGCACUACACAUCAACUGUGGUGUUCCCUACAGGCAGCAAGCACCCACUGGUAAUAGAGACCAGAGACUCCUUUGGUAAUUUGGCGCCCUACAAGGCUGACCAUAGAGCAUUCUUCAAAAUCAAAGUCACUGCGGCAGGGACCAAAGAAAGAUAUACACCAACAACACAGAUCAUCUACAACACUCAGGACAAGAAGCUGGUCAUGUACAUAAAAAUAGACCAGAAAGGCUGCUAUCAGGCAGUCGUCUCCUAUGGUGAUGUCAAGCUGAAAAAUGGGGAAUUCGACAUCUUAGUUUUAGAACCCACAGAAUAUAACAAAGUGAUCAAGAAUGUCUACAAACGCAAACAUAAUGUCUUGUACAAUGCCAGAGUGCUCUCCCUUCAUGGCCAAAAGUUAGAGAAACCUAAAAAAGUGUAUGUCUACAUUUCACCAAAGCAAAUGACAAUCAAAGAAUUUUGUUUCAAGAUUUACAAGAGGAAACUUUGUACAUUCCGAGUGUGUCCCUGGACAAAGUUUAUUUUCAAUGGUGUCAGCAAUCAAUAUGAUGCACCCACAUUUUGUAUUGAGGAUGGCAGCCAGCAGUCAGUGGAGUUGGCAGCAGAGGAGCGCAAUAUCAUAGCAGCAACAUUCUCCAGCUUUCUUUUAAAAAGUAUAGGUGGUUCCGAAACAUUCAAUGACAAAAGAGAUUUUUUCAACCGAGAGAUUCAGAGUUAUCUGGACAGGAAAUCACACAGCACUUUGUUGCUCAAAAUAGACAGAUACAAUUUAUUACAGAGUUCUUACAGAGUGACUAAACCAUUAAGUGUUUGUGACUGGUGUCGUCGGUUUGAGAUCACCUUCAUUGGUGAGCAAGGUCUAGACUGGGGAGGGGUCAGCAGGGAGUGGUUUGAGCUUUUGUGCAAAGAACUUUUUGAUCCCAAUUGCUCUCAGUUGUUCACAAGAUUCACAGACAACCCUCAGGGGCUGGUUCAUCCGAAUCCAAAACGUCCACCAGACAAGAAGGUCAAGCUAUACGAGUUUGCUGGUAAAAUUGUUGGAAAAUGUUUGAUUGAGUCUUCGGCCAAGAGAAUGCAGCUGGUCAAGGCUAAAUUUACCCGCUCCUUCUUGGCACAGCUUAUUGGUUUGAGAGUUACGUACAAGCAUUUUGAAACUGAUGAUCCAGAAUUUUAUACCACCAAGAUUUCAUACAUAGAAAAUAAUGAUGUUGAUGAUAUGGAGAUGACAUUCUCUGAGGAGAUUUAUGAUAAUCAGGGUCAGUUGGUCAAGGUUGUAGAUUUCAUCCCCAAUGGUUCUAAAAUUGCUGUGACAAACAGCAACAAAAUGAAAUACCUCGAUGCCUUGGCCCAGCACAGACUAGUGACCCCUGUGAAAGAGGAAGUAGAAAGCUUCAUGAAGGGGCUAAGCUCUGAGCUCAUCCCAGAGAACUUGCUCAGUAUAUUUGAUGAGAAUGAGCUGGAGUUACUGAUGUGUGGCACCGGGACCUACAGUAUAGCAGACUUUAAACUACAUCACAAUGUUGUUGGAGCCACGUCUUCCUUUAACAGGGUUCUUGAUUGGUUCUGGACUAUCAUAGCCAGUUUUACUGAAGAACAAAUGGCUCGACUCCUUCAGUUUAUCACUGGGUCAUCCCAGCUGCCACCUGGUGGAUUCUCUGAACUAGUCCCAAAGAUUCAGCUCUCGUCUGCACCAACCUACAAUUGUUUGCCUUCAUCUCACACUUGCUUUAACCAGCUCUGUCUGCCUGACUAUGAUACCAUGGAGACAUUUCAUCGCAUGCUACUCAUCGCUAUUAAUGAAGGCAAUCAGGGCUUUGGAUUGGUCUGAAACUCACAGAAUCUUUUUCUAAGCUUAUGUUUUGUAAUGUGAUGCCAUGUGAUCUCAUUUCAAUACUCCUAUUCACCAUGCCAUAUUGGCUUGCAGUGAGCAACACCACCAUGAAUAAAACUAUUAUUGGAGUGUAUACUCUCACUUACCGGUACAUAAAUAAAUGUCUCUGUUGACAAUUGGAAAACUUACUUUUAUCAAUAAAUAUGUCAAGUUCCUAUGUUAUAUACAAAACACGCAGGUGGUUGGCAUAAAUUCCUUGGUAAGAUAUCAGGUGUGUGGCUGAUUUCAUCAGUUCCAAUGUGAGCAAUCCUUAUGGCUUGCAAUGAUCAAAGCAUGACCAGUUAGACUUUUCUAUUGAUAGAUUUGAAGUGUUAAAAGAAGAUCAUCUCAAGAAUAAUAAAAAAGGAUUAAUAUUUGGUUGUGACUUUGUUUUUGUUCUAAUUCUUUAAAAAAAAAAUUUUUGCAUUGAUGGUUGUAGUUAUUGUUCAUUUUUGUUAUUUCAGAACUACGUAUAAUGGAAAUAUACUUAUAAUAAAGCAAGUUUUUUUGUCUCACCAUUUAACAAGUAAUUUAGAACUUUAAAAAUAUAUGUUACUAACCCAUGGUAUCAUUUUAUGUGAUAUUGUCUACUAAAUCAAAACUGAAAUAACCUAUUGCAGUGGACAUAAUGUAUAAUGAAUUUCAUAUUUAGUUCCUUUGGGUAAAUGUGUAGAACCUAGUGGCUAUGACUGUUAUACCAGAGUCUGUCUAGAUUUAUAACAGUUUUUCUACCAGGUGUCAAAGCAGUUGCUUUAUCAGCUUACAAGUUAUAGAAAGCUUGAUAUCUGAUAUAGGACAAAUUAUGUGUCUAGUCAUUGUACUGACUAAUUUGUUGACUGUCUUUAGCUACACACUUAUAGCCAAGAUUUGGGCCCUUCAGUUGCCUCAAUUGUAACUUGACAGUAAACAAUUUACUGGCCCCUUUCUACCUUAGGUAGAAGUUCUUUCUUGCAAGACUUUACAGUAUUUUUCUUUUGAAUGUGAUAAUUUUGUGCCCUUUGUUACUUUUUUUUUUGUUCAAGUUUAAAAGACCUAGUUCUAGGUUGUAAUUUAAUUAUUUGGUUCACUAUGCCUACAAUUUGUGGACAUUGUUUUGUUAUUCUACUCAUACAUUCUUCUAUUUCUGUUUUGUAAUGACAUUGUCAAACUCUGAAGUAUUAUUUUUGUUAGCUCAUAUUGUUAAUUGUUUCAUUACAUUCUCAGAAUACUAGUUGGCAUCAAAAUGUAUAUAGGUUAGAGUUCAAUUUUGUUGUAACUUUGUUGUAGUUUCACUGAGCACUAGUUUUUGUUGAUUGCUUUGUGUUUUGUUAAGCAAUGUUCCACGAUCUCUUCCAUUCAUAUACACACACAAACAAAUAGCAAUUUUUGAUCACUUUGUAUUUUAAAUAGAUUUAGCUAAUUUUAAAAAAUUAUACUAUUUUCAUUUUUUUCCCCACAAUUCAAACUCUUAAUUUAGUUUCUGUUCUUUAUAUGGCUUAUUUGUAACUUUUUUUUUUGCAUUUCUAUAACAGUUAGAAAUCAAUUUUAACACCAGUAUCUCACCUUUAGUAGCAUUUUCACAAAGCUUAUAUUGACUCACUCAGCCUAUACGUCUGUUUGGCACAAAUUUUGUACAAAUUAUUUCUUCCAUUUCCCAUUCUCGGAUCAAGUUUGCAACUUUGCACAAUUAUUCAUUGUCCCUUACUAAACAUGAAUCAGUCAAAACAUUAAAUAAUCUAUUAAAGGUAAUUAAUUAUUUGUUUAUAUUGAAAAAGGGAGAUCUUACAGUAUUGGGAUAUAUGGCUGUAAAUGUGCAGUUUUUUUCCCAUGUUUAAGAUUUAUAUAUAUUGUUCUUUUUUCUUUUACUUAGUAUUGCAGGUCUAUGUAUCCCAAAAUUAUCAGUUUUUAACCAGCUUCAACUAGGUAAAUGGCAUUAGUUUUGAAAUUUCAAUUUUCCAAGACUGUCACGUCACAUCGUUAUACACUGUUGAACUACAGUUACUGGUUAGCUUGAUAGUUCUUCCUUCUAGAUAGAAAAUGAGGAGAACUUUAUUUUCUAUGAACUCAAAGAUGGCUGUGGAAUUCAAUCUUUGCUUUGAAAAGAUUAUUUCAUUCAGGGCACAACUCUUAUUUCCAUUUCUAAGACUUUCCUGAAUUAAAUUCAGGGCAUAAUGACUAAAACAUAAUGUUUGAUUCAUGACUCCCUCAUUAUGGCUAAAGUAACCUACAUUCAAUGUGUCAUUCAAGUGAUUGGGUAACUUUGUACAGACAUAACUGUGAUAUUGCGUUUAGAUAUAUUUUUGUAUGUUUGUACUGGUGUUCACAUUGCAAUGUACUGUUCUAUCAACUAAUGGCUAAGUUUCAAUUUCUAAUUAUGAUGUACUGUUAUAUUAACAACUUGCUAAGUUGAAGUUGGUCUUGUGCAUCACAGUUUUAGUCACCCAGUGAUCACAAAGUAUUGCAGUGAGAGUUGCUUUUGAAUCAAAAGCCACUGUUCAGGUACAUACACUACAAAUGAACUUUUCUGUGUAAAAAAAAACAAUCUGGCUGCUUCCUCUUUGUUUGUAAAUUUAAUUUAUUCUCUGAAUGAGUUGAGUAUAACAGAACAUUUCAAACUGAUUCUCUAAGUUUGAUUGGCUCAAUAGAUUGUGAUUAAUUGUGAUAUUAUUUUUUUUUUAGUUACAAGUAAUGCAAAAAAAAAAGAACUUAACUGUUGUUUUUUUUUAUUUGUAUUCUCUAGUUGUUAUCUACUAGAAGUAUCAAAGAUGAAAUGGUUUGGCAAAUGGUAGAUCAUUAGUUAACUGACUCUUAUCAGAUACCACUAACUACAUCUCUUAUCAAGGGAUGAAUAUGCAUUGACAAUAUAUGAGUGUAAUGAGUCUGACUGUGUGAGACAAGCAAACAUUCUUAUGUCCUCAUGAAAACAUUUGCUUCAUGUUGUUUCUGUAAAUAGUAUUUAUAAAAUGAAUCCUACAGGUCU